ACUCUCUGACUAAACAACAAUACUCAUAGACAUGUAAGCAAAACAAAACAAAGUCAGUUCAGUACCUUCAAAUUUUGGUUACACCGUUCCACCAUUCGGCUCAAAAUUUUUCCCGGUUUUCCAAAUUUUACACACCCGGAACUCAAAAUUUCUCCAGUAUGAGGGAGUGCGUGUCGCUGCACAUCGGGCAGGCGGGCGUGCAGAUCGGCAGCGCCUGCUGGGAGCUGUACUGCCUGGAGCACGGCAUACAGCCUAACGGCCGCAUUCCCUCGGACAAGGUGGCCGUCGACACCGAGUGCUACACCACCUUCUUCUCACAGACCGAGGCGGGCAAGAUCGUGCCCCGCACCGUCAUGGUAGACCUCGAGCCCACGACCAUCGACGAGGUGCGGCAGGGCACGCACCGCGACCUGUACCACCCACAGUCGCUGGUGGCGGGCAAGGAGGACGCGGCCAACAACUACGCCCGCGGCCACUACUCGGUGGGCCGCGAGAUGAUCGGCACUCUGCUCGACCGCGUCCGCAAGAUGGUGGACCUAUGCGAGAGCCUGCAGGGCUUCCUCGUCUUCCACUCGUUCGGCGGCGGCACCGGCUCCGGCUUCACCUCGCUCAUCAUGGACCGCCUCUACCAGGAGUACUCCAAGAAGAGCAUGCUCGAGUUCGCCGUCUAUCCGGCCCCCCAGGUGUCGACGGCCGUGGUGGAGCCGUACAACGCGGUGCUGACGACGCACGCGUCCAUGGACUUCUCGGACUGCGUGUUCAUGGUGGACAACGAGGCCAUCUACGACAUCUGCCGGCGGUGCCUGGGCGUGGAGCAGCCGCGCUACUCGACGCUCAACCGCCUGGUGAGCCAGGUGGUGUCGUCCAUCACGGCGUCGCUGCGCUUCGACGGCGCGCUCAACGUCGACCUGACAGAGUUCCAGACCAACCUGGUGCCCUUCCCGCGCAUACACUUCCCGCUGGCGGCCUACGCGCCCGUCGUGUCGGCUGAGAAGGCCUACCACGAGGGCAUGUCCGUGGCCGAGAUCACGACCGCCUGCUUCGAGCCCUGCAACCAGAUGGUCAAGUGCGACCCGCGCGCGGGCAAGUACAUGGCGUGCUGCCUGCUGUACCGCGGCGACGUGGUGCCCAAGGACGUGAACGCCGCCAUCGCCGCCAUCAAGAACAAGCGCGGCAUCCGCUUCGUCGACUGGUGCCCCACGGGAUUCAAGGUAGGAAUAAACUGCCAGCCCCCAUCUGAGGUACCAGGUGGAGAUCUGGCUAAGGUAAAUCGUGCUGUGUCUAUGCUAAGCAACACCACAGCUAUCCAAGAAGCAUGGGAGAAGCUGGACCGUAAAUUUGACCUAAUGUUUGAGAAGCAUGCCUUUGUCCAUUGGUAUACUGGAGAGGGUAUGGAGGAGAUGGAGUUCAGUGAAGCUCGUGAAGAUCUGGGUGCCCUGGAAAAGGAUUAUGAAGAAAUAGCUGUAGACACAGAACCCUACUCCUCCAACAGUGAAUACUGAUAAUUGUAUACAAGAAAUCAAAAUUACAAAGUCAGUUUCCGCAGGGUAUGAUUGGCUCUUGUUUUGGACUGAUUUUUAUUUGGCACUGUCCACUGUUUGUUUUGGUUGAACAAUUGAAUUUUGUAGAAAAUGCCGUCAUAAUUUUAUGAGCGAAGUAAUGCUUGUGCAACUUUUUAAAAUUUUGUGAGUGUGUUUAUACUUGAGAGUGUACUUUUUUUGUUUUAUAUUAUACAAAAUAUACCUAUCAGGAAACAAUUACUAAAUAUUUAUAAAUUAUAUUUCUUGACUCA